AUGUACAGCAAAAUGAUACUAAUAUUCUUCUGUGCGCUUUUUGUGCUUACUGCUACAGAAAACAAAGAGCCGGGAAACGGGCCUGAAAAAGAGCUAGGGAAGGAGCCAAGGAAGGAAUCUGGGAAAGAGUCAGGAAAGGAGCUAGGGAAGGAAUCUGAAAAGGAGUCAGGAAAGGUGCCAGGCAAGGAAUCUGAAAAGGAGUCAGGAAAGGUGCCAGGCAAGGAAUCUGAAAAGGAGUCAGGAAAGGAGCCAGGCAAGGAAUCUGAAAAGGAGCCAGGCAAGGAAUCUGAAAAGGAGUCAGGAAGGGAGCCAGGCAAGGAAUCUGAAAAGGAGUCAGGAAAGGAGCCAGGCAAGGAAUCUGAGAAGGAGCCAGGAAAGGAGCCAGAAAAGAAGCCAGGAAAGGAGGCCGAAAAGCCAGGUGAAUUACUAGAAUAUUAA